AUGAUUGUGUUGAAGGAAGUAGUAGUCAAAAUUACAACCAGUAGCAAGACUGAACAGAAUGAAGUAAAUGAAAAUCUUCAACAACUAUCAAAAGAUUUACUACUCCAAAAAGAUACAGAGAACAAAAAGGUACAGGACGAUGAAAUUGAUUAUGACGAUCCAGCUCAAGAAAAAUGGCUACAACUACGUAUGAGACUUAUUCUCCAUACAAUUAUAGAUAAUGAUAUUCAAAGAAAUGUAAAUAUUGAAAAAGAACGUUGGCGUAAUAAUCUUAAACGAAUUAUUGCAUGUAUAGAAUUUUUAGCAGAGCAUAAUGAUGCUUUUCGUGGUACAAGUUCUAAGUUAUAUACAGCUAAUAAUGGUCCUAGGAUACAAAAUGAACUUAUUAAUAUUAUUGCCACAAAAAUACGUGAUGAAAUAAUAAAUCGAGUAAGACAAAGUAAAUAUUUCACAAUUUUAAUAAACCCUGAUAAAGGCCACAAGGAGCAGCUUACAUUUUUAUUGCGCGUUAUAGAAAUUUCGAAAGUUUUCAAAUAUGAAAUAAAUGAAUAUUUUAUAUGUUUCAUUCAUACUACAAGUAAAACUGGUUUGAAUUUAACAGAGGAAAAAAAAGCACAAUUGAAACUAAUGAACAUAGAUUUAAAUAAUUUUCGUGGCCAAGCGUAUGACAACGGGGCGAAUAUGAUAGGUCAUCAUCAAGGAGUGCAGUCAAGAAUCCUUUCUAAAAACCUAAGAGAUUUUUUUGUUCCGUGCAUUGCUCACAGCCUUAAUUUACUUCUCGGAGAUAUAGCAUUAUCCGUACCAGCUGCUAUGACAUUUUUUGGGGUAAUUCAAAGAAUUUGUUCUAUUUUUUCUGGCUCUACUGAAAGAUGGACUAUUCUUCUCAAAUACGAUUCAGAUUUUACACUAAAACCAAUGUCAGAUACUAGAUGGGAAUCUCGAGUCGGAUCGAUUAAGCCUAUCCGUUUUCAAUUAUGCCAAGUACAUGACGCUUUAAUAGAAAUUAGUGAAUCGACAAAGGAUCCUAAAAUAAAAAGUGAAAGCUCGUCAUUAGCAAACUAUGAAAUUUGUUAUGACUUUAUUUUAAGUGUUGUUAUUUGGUACGAACUGUUAUCUGCUAUAAAUAAAGUUAAUAGCAUGUCUAAACUUGCAGAAUGUCGUUCAAAUAGUGGGCUAUGUUCUAAGGAAUUUGUUUGGGACAGUUUAAAGACUCGUACUGAUGGAACACAACUUAGUCCUAUAAUAUGGUGGAAUGAUGAUUAUUCUGAAGCUUCUAUGAAAGAAAAAAAAAUAUUUACAUCUUCAGAUUCUACACCAACCAAGAAAAAGGAUCAAACAGAAUGUAGCAAUUGA